UAAUACACAUUUUUUAAUUAUUUUAUUAUUAUUCAAAAAAUUACAAUUAGAUGUCUGAUGUAUCACUUACGACUACAUCAUCGUCUGAUGAUUCUUCUGAGGAUGAAGUAAGAAUGGAGAGAAUACCUAGAAGAUACCGAGGGAUAAGAGAUAGGAGAAAUCCUUAUGAAAUUUUCGACGAAGAAGAAUUUAAAAUGAGAUUUAGAUUCUCGAAGGCAACUAUCUUAUGGCUUCAUGAGUUGAUCGGUCAUGAUUUAGAACCUACAACUAGAAGACGCAAAUCGAUAUCUGCAAUAAAUAAGAUUUUAAUUACAAUGAGGUAUUUGGCAACAGGUUCCUUUCAACAAUUAGUGGGUGACACUGUUGCUGUACAUAAGUCAACAGUCUGUGUUGUUACAAAAAGUGUUAUCCAAAAAAUCGCCCAACUUAAACCACAAUUUAUAAAAAUGCCAAACAGAGAAGAACUACAUAAUGUUCAGUUAAAAUUUUAUCGUAAAAGAAGAAUGCCAAGAGUAAUAGGUGCAAUAGACUGUUCUCACAUAAGAAUUGAAUCACCAGGUGGCCCCAACGCUGAAAUUUUUCGUAAUCGGAAGGGAUUUUUUUCAAUUAAUGUACAGGCAGUAUGCGAUGCAGACCUGCAAAUAAGAAAUAUUGUCGCGAGGUGGCCAGGAAGUGUCCACGAUAGCACAAUAUUUAAUGAUUCAUCCCUCUGUGCACAUCUAGAAAGAGGUGAAUAUGAAAAUGGUUUUCUACUUGGAGAUAGUGGAUAUGCUUGCCGUCCCUUUCUUUUAACUCCAGUACUGAAUCCAAGAACAGCUGCGGAAGAAGCUUAUAAUUUGUCACACAGAACGACUAGAAAUGCUAUUGAACGGUGUUUUGGAGUUUUGAAACGUCGUUUCCCUUGUCUGUCAUUGGGACUGCGGACUAAAAUGAACACUACAUAAGCAACUAUUGUGGCUUGUGCUGUGUUACAUAACAUUGCCAUUUUCACAAAUGAUAAUGAACCGCCAAGAGAUCCAGAAGUUGAAGUACCUCAAGAACUUGAAAUUGAACCUGUUCAUAGAAAUAAUAAUAUUAAUGAAAAUACUGCCGCUCGUACAGCCCUUAUAAGAACA